AUGUAUCCGAGGUGGGGUUCUGAGGCUCCCAGAUCUACUGGAAGACACCACACGGGCCAGCGAGCAGUCACAGCUGUUGAGAUGGGAUGGCCUGUUUGUUGUCCAAAAGGAACAGACGGUCACUGCCGCACCGCUGCACAACAAAGUAAAGAGAAGGAGGGCGGAUCUGGACCCCCUAAAGGUGAAGGUGAUGUCUCUCCACCCAGUGCCUUGCCAGCAGAUAUCAAUGCCCGGGCACUGGCAAGGAAAGAUUCAGAAUGGUCCCUUGGUGAAUCCCCAGUCGGGGAAGAACAGGAUAAGCAGAACUCCAACACCUCCCAAAGUGUGCUCUUUGUGGAGAAGCCUCAGAACGGAACGGUGAAAGUUGGUGAAAAUAUUACCUUUUUAGCCAAAGUUGAAGCCAAAGAUCUUCUUCGAAAACCCACCGUCAAAUGGUUCAAAGGAAAAUGGAUGGACUUGGCCAGCAAAGCUGGGAAACAUCUUCAGCUGAAGGAAACCUUUGAAAGGCAAACGAGGAUGUACACAUUUGAGAUGCAGAUCAUCAAAGCCAAGGAGAACUAUGCUGGAAACUACAGGUGUGAAGUGUCCUACAAGGACAAAUUCGACACCUGUUCCUUUGACCUCGAAGUACUCGAAUCUACUGAAACCACUCCAAACAUCGAUAUCAGAUCUGCUUUCAAAAGAAGGGAAAUCAAGCAACAGGAAGAGGAGCCAGAAAUAGAUGUGUGGGAGCUUCUGAAGAAUGCCAAUCCCAGUGAAUACGAGAAGAUUGCCUUUCAGUAUGGUAUCACUGAUCUGAGAGGCAUGCUCAAGCGUCUGAAGCGCAUGAGGAGGGUUGAGAAGAAAAGCGCAGCUUUUUCCAAAAUUCUUGAUCCUGCCUACCAGGUAGACAAAGGUGGUAAAGUCAGAUUUGUGGUGGAACUGGCAGACCCAAAGUUAGAAGUGAAAUGGUACAAAAAUGGACAAGAAAUACGACCCAGUACAAAAUACAUCUUUGAGCACAAAGGAUGCCAAAGAAUCAUGUUUAUCAAUAACUGCCAGAUGACAGAUGAUUCUGAGUAUUAUGUGACAGCUGGGGACGAGAAGUGUUCCACAGAACUCUUUGUAAGAGAGCCCCCAGUAAUGGUGACCAAACAACUGGAAGACACCAAAGCCUACUGUGGGGAAAGAGUCGAGCUGGAGUGUGAGGUUUCUGAGGAUGACGCCACCGUGAAAUGGUUUAAGAAUGGUGAGGAGAUUGACAUCGGUCCAAAGUCCAGAUACCAGGUCAAGGUGGAUGGAAAGAAACGCAUCUUGAUCAUAAACGGAGCUACCAAGGCAGACACCGCAGAAUAUUCUGUCAUGACCACCGGGGGACAGUCUUCUGCCAAACUGAGCGUGGACUUGAGACCCUUGAAGAUAUUGCAGCCCUUAACAGAUUUAACUGUGAAACUUGGAAAGGAAAUCUGCUUGAAGUGUGAAAUCUCUGAAAACAUACCAGGGAAAUGGACUAAGAAUGGUCUACCUGUUCAAGAAAGUGAACGCUUAAAGGUCGUCCACAAAGGAAGAAUCCACAAGUUAGUGAUAGCCAAUGCUCUCGUUGAGGAUGAAGGUGAAUACGUGUUUUCACCUGAUGCCUACAGUGUGACCUUGCCUGCCAAAGUUCAUGUUAUAGAUCCUCCUAAGAUACACUUGGAUGGUCUGGAUGCUGACAAUACUGUGACCGUCAUUGCCGGAAGCAAACUUCGCCUUGAGAUCCCAGUGAGCGGAGAGCCACCCCCCAAGGCCAUGUGGAGCCGGGCAGAUAAGGCUAUUGCAGAGGGUGGGGGUCGGAUCCGAGCAGAAUCCUAUCCCGAUAGUAGCACUUUGGUCAUUGAUGUUGCUGAAAGGGAAGACUCUGGCGUCUACAACAUCAAUCUCAAGAAUGAAGCAGGGGAGGCACACGCAAGCAUCAAAAUCAAGGUGGUUGAUAUCCCGGAUCCUCCACUGGCGCCCAAUGUGAUAGAUGUGGGAGACGACUGGUGCAAAAUGAACUGGGAGCCACCAGCAAAUGAUGGCGGGUCCCCUAUCCUAGGAUACUUUAUCGAAAGGAAAAAAAAACAGAGCUCUAGAUGGAUGAGGUUGAAUUUUGAUCUCAUCAAAGAAACAUCAUUUGAGCCCAAGAAGAUGAUUGAAGGUGUUGCCUAUGAGGUCCGAAUAUUUGCUGUUAAUGCCAUUGGCAUCUCCAAGCCCAGCUCGCCCUCCAAGCCUUUCGUUCCCUUGGCUGUAACCAGCCCACCUACUCUUCUGGCUAUUGACUCUGUAACUGAUACUACCGUGACGAUGAGAUGGAGGCCCCCGGACCAGAUUGGUGCAGCAGGUUUAGAUGGCUAUGUGUUAGAGUAUUGCUUUGAAGGAACGGAGGACUGGAUAGUGGCCAACCCAGAACUGACUGAUAAAACUAAAUACACCAUCACUGGCCUUCCAACGGAUGCCAGAAUCUUUGUGAGAGUGAAAGCUGUGAACGCUGCUGGCGCCAGUGAACCCAAAUAUUACGGACAACCAAUCCUAGUCAGAGAGAUUAUUGAACCUCCCAAGAUUCGUAUCCCUCGACAUCUGAAGCAAACCUAUAUUCGAAGAGUUGGAGAGGCUGUAAAUCUUGUCAUUCCUUUCCAGGGAAAACCAAGGCCAGAGUUAGCUUGGAAGAAGGAUGGUGCUGUUAUGGAUAAGAACCAAAUAAACAUACGCAACUCUGAAACGGAUACCAUCAUUUUUAUCAGAAAAGCAGAGAGGAGUCACUCAGGGAAAUAUGAUCUGGAAGUGAAAGUGGACAAAUUUGUGGAGACUGCCUCAAUAGAUAUUCAGAUAGUUGACCGUCCUGGCCCGCCCCAAGUUGUGAAGAUUGAAGAUGUCUGGGGAGAAAACGCUGCCUUGACAUGGACACCACCAAAGGAUGAUGGAAAUGCUGCCAUUACAGGGUACACAAUUCAAAAAGCUGACAAGAAGAGUAUGGAAUGGUUCACUGUCAUUGAGCACUAUCAUAGAACUAAUGCUACCAUCACUGAACUCGUCAUAGGAAACGAAUAUUACUUCCGGGUGUUUGCUGAAAACAUGUGUGGUCUCAGUGAGGAGGCGACAAUGACGAAAGAGAGUGCAGUGAUUGCCAAGGACGGAAAAGUCUACAAAAACCCUGUGUAUGAAGACUUUGAUUUCACUGAAGCACCGAUGUUUACUCAGCCUCUGGUGAACACUUAUGCCAUAGCAGGCUAUAACGCAACCCUGAACUGCAGCGUCCGAGGAAAUCCAAAGCCUAAAAUAACCUGGUUGAAAAACAAAGUUGCCAUCUUGAAUGACCCGAGAUAUAGGAUGUUCAGCAACCAAGGAGUGUGUACUUUGGAGAUCCGUAAGCCCAGCCCCUAUGAUGGAGGAACCUACAGCUGCCUAGCAGUCAAUGACCUGGGGACGGCGGAAGUGGAAUGCAAGCUGGAGGUGAAAGGUGGCCUUUCCUUCUGCAGGCUUCUUUUGCAAGGUGUUCCUCCAAACAUAAUUGAUUCAUAUUUGCGAGACGUGGAAUCAAGCAAUCCUGAGGGAAACUGAGUCUGCCCAGUGCUUCCCUGCUACUGUAGUGAAAACUGGUUGCCAAUGGGAAAACAUUUUUUUUUUGUUAUUGUUCUUCCAAUAGCAACCCAAGUGUGGUCAUUUCUUUCCUCCUUCUGUUGAAAAUAAAAUAUUCCCACGGAUGGCUUAGAGUGGGCAUUCUUGGAAAGACCCAGAUUGGAAGUCAGGCUUUCGGUAAUGUUCAGCCUUGCUUUGUGUUUGAUGAUAAUUGUAUUUAAAAAAAGAAAAAAGAAAAAAGAAAAAGAAAGAAAGGAAAGUGGGGAGAAUAAGCAUGUACUGUGAUUUGUGUAUGUCAAACUGCAGAGUGCUGUAAGUGUAUAGUGCUAAGUGAGAGGCAAUGCGGGACAAUGUCAAACCUAAAAUCUAGCCAUGGGGAAAAUGGAUUUUUCUCAGCUUCCAGUAUCGUUCGUCUAGGACGGCACACCCCUCUUUGGCCCAAUACCAGCGGCCCCCUGCAUUAGCCAGUUUCAAUCUAAUUCACUAAAAGUGUUCUAUUCCCAAGACCUCACCUUGAAAAUCAAUUUGUUCUCAACAGAAGGCAAAAUGUGUUCAGUUAAUUGUAUAAUAAUCUUAAAAACAAAGUGUUUAUGUUGGAGAGAAAAAAAA